UCUCCUCUCCUGUACUGUCUUUCUUUCGCUCCUCCUCUUCUUCCAGUCAGUUCUUUUCUUCUCUUCUUCCCCUCACUCCGUCCCAUUAAUAAGGGAAAAUGGAGCAUCUGAGCAGGACCGUGUCCUCUGCAGGGUUACUUCUCCUGCUGGUUUUUGGAUGGACACACAGUCAGACGACCAACUACACCAGGCCGGAGUUUAAAUGUGGAGGGAAUCUGGACAAAGAAUCGGGUUUCGUAGCAAGUGAGAACUUUCCUUUGUUCUAUAAACCGAACAGCAACUGCACGUGGUACAUCACUGUCCCAGAAGGUCAGGUGGUCAAGCUCUCCUUCAGGAUUUUUGACCUCGAGGCCGACUCCCUGUGCCGAUAUGAUUUCCUGGACAUUUAUAAUGGUCACUCAAACAUGGCGCAGAAGCUGGGUCGCUUCUGUGGGACGUUCCGGCCCGGCAUGCUCAUCUCCACCUCCAACACCUUGAUGUUGCACAUGGAGUCAGACUCAACAUCUGGGGGGCGUGGCUUCCUCGGCCAGUAUACUGGAGCAGACCCACGCCUGAAUGAGGUACAGUUCUGUGGUGGACAGUUGACAAAACCACAAGGCAGCAUCCAUACACCCAACUGGCCUGAGAAAAACUACCCAUCAGGCAUCAGUUGCUCGUGGCUCAUCACUGUGGAUCCAGACAAGGUGAUAGAGGUGAGGUUCGAUAAGUUUGAUUUGGAGCCUGACACGUACUGCCGCUUCGAUUAUGUGACGUUUUAUAAUGGAGGUGAGAGAGACGACUCGAGACUCAUCGGGAAAUACUGCGGUGACAAGGUGCCUGAGCCCAUCUUGACCAACAGUAGCAUUCUCCUGGUCCAGUUCGUGUCUGACCAGAGCGUCACCUCCGACGGCUUCAUCGCCUCGUAUUCCAGUGUCCCGAGAGGGUAUUCUCCCCAGACACAUUCCCAAGUCCCAAAGCUCACCCCGGCUCGCAAACCCGUCAUCAUAAAGACCACAGAGGCACCAUCCACCACAACCACCACAACCACUACUACCACCGUUCCUGCACGCCGACGCCAACCAGUCAAUCCCAAUCAGCCCGCCAGACCUUCGAGUCGCAGACCAGAAGCGGGUCAGCCCAAUCCGGAACAUCCAGACACGAACGCUCAGUGCCCUAAAACGUGUAAGAGAGACGGCAGCAUAAAGGCGAGUUUCUGCAGCAGUAAAUUCGUGAUCACGGGGACGGUGAUGGGGCUCUCUCCGGCUCCUCAGGGCCGUCUCGUGGCCCAUGUCUCCAUCAUUAAGGCUUAUAAAACUAGAGGACUGACCAUCACGCAGACAGAAGAGACCAUGACUGUUAAACUGGUGCUCAUGUGCAAGAACUGUCCAACAAUACGCAGAGGUCAGAACUAUAUCAUGAUGGGUCAGGUGGAUGAAGACGGGCGUGGCAUCCUCCCUCCAGGCACGUUCACGGCUGUGUACAAAAAUCCACACCACAAAAUCCUCUCCAGCCUCACCAACCAGCCGUGCUGAUCUCCAGGGCCAACACCAACACGGAAAAAAAGUGAACAGCACAGGCAGUGAAAAAACUCAUCACAUGACAAAAUCAUUUGCUAAAGCAACCCUCAGGCCUAGGACCUGUGUUCAGCGUGUUUGCUAGCCGGUAUCCUUUGUUCCGUAGCACAGUAUCGUAUCUCUCAGCCUCAUUGUUUGUUUACUGUUGUGUAUUGUUGCGUUUUCACCCUCUAAGACCGUGACAUACAAUUAUAACCACAAAGAAUUCUAUAUUUGUUAACUAUAAUAUUUGGGUGGCUAUUUUCUGAUUAGCAAAUCAGUGCACUAGCUAGUUAGCUAAAGUUUACGCAACCCAACAGAGAGCGGACAUUUAAUACACACUUCUUAGCGAUUUUGGGAAGUGAACAAGGGCGCAUUAAAACCAGUACUGUAACUCAGUCAGGGUCUGCGGUUUAACAUCGAACUCUGAGCAGCUACACGAAGUACACAGAGAUGAUGAAAUGGCAACAUAUAGAGCAAAAUUUUCCUUUUCGUUUGUAACAAUUAAAGAUGUCAUACCAUGUAUUUGUAAUUUAUGAUGUCAUCAAAUAAAGGUUUUAU